UCAGACAGUCAUCAGCUUUCUACCAGCUCCAACAUGAAAUUCCUAAUCGUCUUCGUCGCCCUCUUCGCCAUGGCCGUGGCCCGCCCCAACGAGGCCGAGAUCGUGAGGCAGGACGUCGAUGUUGCACCGGAGAAUUGGAGCUCCAACCUGGAGAUCAGAGAUGGCACCAUUAUCGUCCAGGAGGGUGUCCUCAAGAACGUUGGCACUGAGCACGAGGCCGCUGUCGUUCACGGAUCCUUCUCCUGGGUGGAUGAGAAGACCGGCGAAAGGUUCACCACCAACUACGUGGCUGAUGAGAACGGAUACCAGCCCCAGGGCGCCCAUUUGCCCGUGGCCCCAGUUGCUUAAAUUAUUUGAUAGUCUGAAAUAAACUGUUUUUUAAUUGAAA